CUCGACGCGAGCCGGAGCAACUUCCUCGCGUCCAUGCACGGCGGCGCCAUCGCGUCCCUCGUCGACGUGGCCACGACCGUCGCGCUCGUCGGCCGCGGCGGCUUCCCCGGCGCGUCCGUGAGCCUCGACGCGACCUACCUCGCGGGCUGCGGCCCCGGCGACGCCGUCCUCGCGGAGGCGACGGUGCUCCGGGCCGGCCGCACGCUCGCCUUCACGGAGUGCGUGCUGCGGCGCGAGCGCGACGGCGCGGUCAUGGCGCGCGCGUGCCACGUGAAG